UCAAGAAAUUCGGUCGAUAAUAGUUACGGGCAAACAAAUCUUCAAAUACGUUAUAUAUAUAUAAGUCUGUUCCCUUCGGCUCUAAUUUCUAUAUAAUUUGGCUAUUCUUGAGUAAGCCAUUGAAGAAAUGACUAAAAUCUGGGUGGCCAUAACGCUACUCUUAGGAGUUCUGGCCUCCGGCGAGAACCUUGGAAACAAUACGAGUGGAAGUAUAGAGCCCAAAAUCGUGGGAGGAAGUUCAACAGCUAUAGAGCAGGUGCCUUACCAGGUGUCCGUUCGUCUGACUGCCAAUGAUAAGAAGAGCUAUGGUUCCGGACAUUUGUGCGGUGGGGUAGUGAUUUCCCAACGUUUGGUGGCCACCGCCGCCCACUGUUGCUACCUUACCGAGAAAAAACAAUAUCGAUCUGCUGGCGAAUUUGUCCUGGUCAUGGGCAGCACCUAUUUAAAGAGCGCCACCAAUCUCACCUUGGAGUACUAUCUGCAGCAGCUUAUCGUCCAUGAGAACUACAAUUCGGACUCCUUGACCAACGACAUUGCCCUGAUGUUCAUUAAUGGUUAUAUUCCCUGGAAUUGGCCAACAGUAAAGGCUUUGGCCCUAAACAGCCAACUUGUGGCCACAAGCACCUACUGUGUGAUCUCAGGAUGGGGCCUGCUUCAGCAGAACGGAAUAGUAAGCAGUAAUACUUUACAGUCUGCCACAGUGCCCAUAGUCGCCUAUGCCACCUGUCGCAUUUCCUACAACACGGUUCCAAUUUCCCAGGUGUGUGCAGGAUAUUCGACGGGAGGAGUGGACGCUUGUCAGGGCGAUUCUGGAGGUCCUAUGAGUUGCAAUGGAAUGUUGACCGGAAUCGUUUCGUACGGCGCCGGUUGCGCAGCGGCCGGUUAUCCAGGUGUCUAUACCAAUGUCUCGUACUAUCAUGAUUGGAUUGUCCAAAAGAACAGCUCUCUAAACUACACGCUCUAUCAAAACGAUGGAGUAAGGCUGGGAUCGGGUUGGUCCUUCCUUGGAUUCCUGCCACUCCUCCUGGCCUUUGUCCUAGAUCACAGAAUCUAACCAAUACUUUCAACUGCUUAGUUAAUUAAACAAAUAAAUGAAAUCUUUUUUUAUAGAAACAAAA